AUGAUUAACACAGGGAAAUUGGCCGGUCAAACCCUCUUCAUUACUGGUGCUAGUCGCGGCAUCGGUAAAGCAAUUGCUUUGAAAGCUGCCAAAGAUGGUGCGAACGUUGUAAUAGCUGCCAAGACUGCCGAUCCUCAUCCGAAAUUACCUGGAACAAUCUACACGGCUGCAAAAGAAAUAGAAGAAGCUGGAGGGAAAGCUCUACCCUGCAUUGUUGAUGUUCGUGAUGAAAAACAAGUUGUCGAUGCUGUGGAAAAUGCAGUUAAGAAGUUCGGUGGGAUUGAUAUUCUUAUUAAUAAUGCCAGUGCUAUUAGUCUCACAGGAACCCUCUUCACAGACAUGAAAAGGUAUGAUCUUAUGCAUAAUAUUAAUACAAGAGGUACAUUUCUUGCCUCUAAAAUAUGUCUUCCGUAUUUGAAAAAAUCCAAGAACCCACAUAUUCUGAACAUUAGUCCGCCUUUGAAUAUGGUACCGCAUUGGUUUAAGGACCAUGUUGCGUACACAAUGGCAAAAUAUGGAAUGUCAAUGUGUGUGCUGGGCAUGGCUGAGGAAUUUAAAAGUGAUGGUAUUGCUGUCAAUGCAUUAUGGCCAAGGACCGCCAUCCACACUGCAGCUAUUGAAAUGUUGUCUGGGCCAGAUUCUGGUAACUUUUCAAGAAAGCCGGAAAUUAUGUCAGAUGCGGCAUAUGUGAUACUUACCAAAGAUUCUAAAACAAUUACAGGUAAAUUCCUUAUUGAUGAACAAAUUUUAAAAGAAGAAGGAAUUACAGAUUUCAAGCAAUAUGCUGUUAACCCAGAGAAUGCUGAUUCUUUGAUGGAUGACUUUUUCCUGGAUACUCCUCCAGAUGUUAUUCUUGCAAGCCAAGCUAAAGAAGGCAAGGCAUCAAGUGCAAGUAGUGGCAGCGGUGAUAUUGAAAAAUUAUUCUCAUCGAUUCAGGGAAGCUUGAGCAACAGCUUAGUUUCUAAAGUAGGAGCUGUUUUCCAGUUCAAUUUGAAAGAUGGUUCUGCAGAAGAACCUUGGUUUAUUGACCUGAAGAAUGGUAGCGGUUCUGCAGGUAAAGGUAAACCUUCUGCAGAUCCUGACGCAACACUUACAAUGGAUCGCCAAUCCUUUUUUGAAAUGUUCUCUGGUAAGUUGAGACCAACUGCUGCAUUUAUGUCAGGAAAACUGAAAAUCAAAGGCAACUUGCAGAAAGCAAUGAAAUUGGAAGGUUUAAUGGGACAACUAAAAUCAAAACUUUGA